AUGGCGCAACAACCUUCUAGCAUCACCAAAAAGCUGGAAGCCAAAGUUGCCAUCGUAACAGGUGGUGCUAGCGGCAUCGGCGAGGCAACUGCUCGACUUUUUGCCAACCAUGGUGCCAAAGUUGUGAUCGCUGACAUCCAAGACGAAAAGGGCCGAACCGUGGCUGAAUCGAUUGGUUCAAAAAACUGCAUCUAUGUCCGUUGUGAUGUAGCUGAUGAAGAGCAAGUCAAGAGAAUGAUAGAUUCAACCAUCCAAACUUACGGCCAACUAGAUAUCAUGUUCAGCAAUGCUGGAGUAUUUAGCAAGUCAAAUCAAUUGGUGAUCGAUCUUGACUUCUCGGAACUUGAUCAACUCUUUGCUAUCAACGUUCGAGGCAUGACGGCAUGUGUAAAACAUGCUGCAAAAGCGAUGGUGGAAAGGGGAGUAAAGGGCAGCAUUGUUUGCACGGCGAGUAUAGCAGCCACUAUAGCUGGAGAAGUUUCGACAGAUUAUUACAUGUCGAAACAUGCAGUUCUGGGGCUGAUGAGAUGUGCUAGUAAGCAGUUGGGGCCACAUGGAAUUAGAGUCAACGCUGUUUCACCAUUUGUUGUUGCUACACCAUUAGCGUGCAACUAUUUUCAUAUGGAUGUUGAGGAAUUAGAGAAGAUUCAUCAGCCUCAGACUUCCUUGAAAGAAGCUAUACUGAAAGUUAAUCAUGUUGCUGAUGCUGCUUUAUUCCUUGCCUCUGAUGAUUCUACAUUUAUCACAGGGCAUAAUCUUGUGGUUGAUGGUGGAUGCACAGUUUAA